GAGCAGAAGAUUGUAGGUAGCUGUCAGGUUCUGACGGUCAGAUUAUCUGGCUCUGGCAACAAUUUAUUGAUUUUGAAAAUGAUGGCGCCUACACAUAUGUUAUUUUUGCGGGUUGUUUUUCUGUUCCUUCUAUUUUUUGACUUAACGUGUUGUGAAGUGAAGAAAUUUCCAUUACUAAUGCCAAACGUGUAUCCUGACAGAGAUGAAUUGUAUCUAUGCACCCCUGCUCGUGUGGUGGAUGACAAGAGCUUUUAUAUAGUCGGUUUUGAGCCCAACGCCACCAUGAACGUUGCCCAUCAUAUGCUACUAUUUGGAUGCACAACACCCGGUACUACAGAUCAGUAUUGGGACUGCGGUGAAAUGGCCGUAUCAGACCAAGCUAGCAAUUUGAGGAGGGCGAGUCCAUGUGAAACGGGAAACCAUGUCAUAUAUGCAUGGGCCAGAGAUGCAAAGACCCUUGAACUACCUGAAGAUGUGGGCUUCCAAGUAGGAAAAGGAACCGAAAUACAGUAUAUUGUCCUACAAAUACAUUACUCUAAGAAAUUUCCAGAACGAAAGACUGAUAAUUCUGGACUUUUCUUAAUGUACACUGAAGAACCUCAAAGUAAAUUGGCCGGAGUUCUUCUUCUUGGAGUUGGUGGCUUCAUACCUCCAAGGUCAUUGACCUACAUGGAAACAGCGUGCCAAAUCGUGGAAGACAAGACGAUAUACCCCUUCGCAUAUCGAACACAUACACAUUCUCUUGGUAGAGUUGUGUCAGGAUACACCAUCAAAAGGGACUCAAAAGGCAGGGAUCAUUGGAGCCUGAUAGGAAAACGAGAUCCUCUGACGCCUCAAAUGUUCUAUCCCGUUUUCGACAAAAGCCCUGUAUCGUAUGGAGGUCGUUUGGCUGCCAGAUGUACUAUGGAUAGUAGAAAAAGAGACAGGGUGACUCAAGUUGGGCCAACGAAUAACGACGAAAUGUGCAAUCUUUACAUCAUGUAUUACGUCCAAAACACCACACCUUUGGACAUGAAAUAUUGCAUCACGGAAGGACCUCCUUACUACCAUUGGACGAACGAGGGCAACGACCUAAAUAACGUUCCAGACUUUGAAGCUUCCUCUUUGGACUAGGCUCGAAUCUCAAAUUGACCAAAACUUCUUAGUUCUAUAGGUACAUACAUUCCGGGAGAGAUUUUAUUCGUAUUGUACAGGGCGCUUCCGAAAUUGAUACGAAAGUGACAAGGAAAAAAAGAACGAAGGAAAAUAUUUUUGUCUAAAUCUUUGAUGAGGGGUUAACAGUUAAACCCGAGGGUUUGCUUUCGGUGAAGUCAGAAGCACCGGUAGUUCAAUGAUUUCUGCAAUGUUGCCAAACGUUCAAUAAUGGUUGAAAUAUGGUAUAGUAAGUGAAAGCAUACAUUUUUGGAAAGUCUGUGUAUGCUUUGAAAUAAUAUACACGGUGUUUCAUAGUUGCAGUUAUAAAAGCCUCAGCCAAUUGUGGAAAAUAAUGUGAAUGAACAUGGGUACAAAAAUGCUUCGUUUCUGAGAUAUAUGGUAUUAAAUUUGAAAAAAAUUCAAUGGGACUUUCACGGUUUAUUAGACAUCUACUCUACCAAUUAGAUUUGAUCCUGAAUUUACACAGAUGUACCCAGCAG